AUGGCAGCAGCGGGACACCCCUCCAAGAUGCGCAGGAGCCAGGCCGGGAGUAGCUAUGUAUGGUGGCGCUAUGCCAUCGCGCUGGUUGCGCUAUGCCGGGUGUGCUUGGCAAAUACAGAGACGUUCAACAUAUACAUCCCGGGGGACUUCCCGGUCUCGACCGUAGGCGCGCAGCAGGACGGCGGCAUUGAAAGUGGGCUGCCGCGGAUGGUGCUCCACAACAUCAACUACAAGAUGCAGCGGUUCGAUGUUGUGCCGGGGGAGAUGUUCUACGUGCAGGUGGACGAGCUGCGGCAAAACGAAAACUACCAGGUGCGCAUCAGCUGGACGGCGGCAGACGGCGUGGGCGUGGCGGACAUGGGCCACGUGGUGGUGCCGCACGGGGCGGCGUUCCGCGGGACGGUGGACGAGCGGGCGCGCGUAGCGGUACACUUCCGGGUGGAGGCGGAGGCGUACCCAGCGCUGGCGGCUGCGCGGGUGCCGGUGAACGUGGCGGUGGUCAACAUCAAGAUGGGGAUCCCGGUGGACCUGUACUCGAUCGCGCUGUACGUGCUGGCGGUGGUGGGGGCGGCUGCGUACGUCGUCUGCCGCUGGGACCCGUAUCGGGCGCUGAAGGCGGAGGUGUUAUAA